CAGAGACAGUUAUCCGCCUUUCGUGCUAACUUGUACUAGGUUGGGGUGUCAACGAUAAAUGAUUAUAAAUAACGAAUAAUUAAUUGAUAAAUCACACAUUAAAACACGAGUGAAUCGUGGAUAAUUACGUUAUGUCAGUAGUAAAUCACUAAAUGUCGACUGUUAUUGUGUGAAGAACGUAAGCGACCUCAGUGCGUACCCGUGAUGGCUUCCACUACCCAGUUUCUGUCAAUACCAGCCAGUCAGCCUAAGCAAUGGCAGGCUGAUCUCUACUCCUGGAAGAGGUACCACUCCAGUAGUCCAGAUAUAGCACAUAAUGGCUGGCAGAAGUGGGGUGGACCCCAUCCUGACUGGUAUGCCAGGAAGUCGUCCUCACAACACCCGGACUGGUUCAACAGGAACAUCAAUACCAUCAGGAGAUCUGAUUACAAAAAGGUCAACUGGCACUAUGAGCGGCCAUCCAAGCCAACAAGUCGGACGCACGAUGACUUUGUACCCUACACAAACGAGGUGAUGCAGAAGGAUGUCCUACGCCCAAUGCCCCAUAACAAGUCGUACCAGGGCAGGUUCACUUUUAAACAGCCAUACCCUAUGGAGAUUCCCAUGCCCAAGUGGGGUCUGUACAAUCCACCUCACUAUGAAGAACCAAUCAGAAUCGAUCAUUUCCCUCCUAUUAAGUACGACGGAUACAAGUGAGAAAUGGACAGGAUAUUUAUUUGUGUUGUAAAAAAGCAGGAUAUUCGUGAUCAGCUCCCAAAUGAUGUCCAAUUGUCGUGGAGUUUAUGUAACAUUUAAAAACUGUCAAUGUUAAUUAUUAAUCAGUAACGAUGUGUUUAGGAUGUCAUUAAAGAUACACAGUUCUACUUUUGAUAAAUUAAUACUAGAUUACGCCAAAACCAAAAUUUUUAUUGAUCAACAUUUUAUAAGGACAACUUAAACAGCAUCUGUCUUAAAAAAAUUAUGUUAAUGAUAGCAAAUCCUGCAUGUAUAAGUUCUGAUAUAUAGUAUAUGUGAUAUUUUAUGUAGGUUUUAUUUUAUGUAGGGUUUUGUGAUAAUUGCAUCAUGUAUGUCAUAGAUUGUAUGAUUGGAUUAGAAAGAUUUAAAAUAGAAACAGUAUGUUUAAAUGAAUAGUAAACUCAUGGUUAAAAUGAAUUUAGAAUAGAUAGUAAACCUGUGGUUUCAUUCAAUAUAAGAUUAAUAGUAAACUUAUGGUUUAAUUCAAUUUAAGAUAACUUUCCUAUUUUGAAUGAUAUACAAGAUUUGUAAUGUUUGUAUAUAUGGCCACAUCAUCUGUUGGAUAUAUCUUUCUAAUACCUGUUUUUACUGAGUUUUGUUAAUUUUACAGCUUUGAGACUGAAUAUUUAUCACAAAUAACCAACCUGGUUAUUGAACUUCACUAUCUACAGUACAAAUAACUGAUGUGAUUUUUUUUUUCUGUGCAACUUCCACUUCCAAGCUUAGGUGUUGAAAAUGUGAAUACAAAAGUUAUUAAGUCUACCAGAGACCUAUAUACUAUUUAAUAUAGGUCUCUGAGUCUACACACUUCAAAAAUCCUCAGAGAAAUUCUCAAGUUUUACCUAAAGGAUAUAUUAUUUAUGGUACCAAGAUUUAAAUUUUUCUUUUCAAAUUCCAGUCAACAUUUCAUUUCAAUAGAACACAAAUUGAUUUGGUUCAAUAUUUUAUAAACUGCUUUUAUGAAAAGGAUUCUCAAUGAUGACAUUCUGUGUCUAUAAAUAGCUCUAUGAUGAUAUUCUACCUGUGUCUAUAAAUAGCUCUUUGAUGACAUUCUACCUGUGUCUAUAAAUAGCUCUAUGAUGACAUUCAACCUGUACUUUCACUUUGUUUGAUACACACCUGUUACUUUUAUUGACACCUGUCUUUGUUUUUGUGUCCCUAGUCUAAUAAUUAAUUUACCUUUAUACAUAUAUCUAUUUAUAUAUUAAUACAAAUUCUAUUUCUAUUGUGUGACUAUUCAUUUAAUAUUAUAUCAAAUUUACGUAAAUAUUUUUUUAUCUCUCUUAAUAUUCGACAGAUUUUUAUAUUAUUUGUGUGACGAUCUAUUCAUUAAGAUUAAUCUUUAACAUAGAUAUAUAUAUAUGUUAUCUAUUAAAAUUGGACAGAUUUUGUUUGUCUAAUUUUCAAUAUAAAGUAUUUUUCAUCUCUAUUACGUUGUCCUGCUGCCUCCAGAAUUUCAGGUCGAAAUUAUUUAUUGGAAAUUAGAUUGUUGAUCCCUCAGUUUUGUUCCUGGUGAAACCUACAACCAGAUUGUUAGAGUUAACUUUUGUUUUUGUUUUUGUUGAGUCAUGAUUAUUGAUAUUUAUUUCUACAUGUAAGUGUGCAGUCUUAGAAAUGGUGAUCUAACUGAAAUAACCUGUUCAUGGCUUCGUUUCUAUGUACUGUUUAGGUGUAGCACAGACUGCAAAGAUGUAUGUUAAAGUACACUAUUAACAUUUAAAUUCUGGUAAAUAGAGGUACUUAAUUUUGUGAAGGGUCUAUUUUUACAGCUGCUAGUGCAUAUGAAGAUCAAAUUUGUUGUUACAUUGGUAAGAUAAGAUAUGGUGUUACAUCGGUAAGAUAAGAUAUGGUGUUACAUCGGUAAGAUAAGAUACGGUGUUACAUCGGUAAGAUAAGAUAUGGUGUUACAUCGGUAAGAUAAAAUAUGGUGUUACAUCGGUAAGAUAAGAUAUGGUGUUACAUCGGUAAGAUAAGAUAUGGUGUUACAUCGGUAAGAUAAAAUACAGUGUUACAUCGGUAAGAUAAGAUAUGGUGUUACAUCGGUAAGAUAAAAUACAGUGUUACAUCGGUAAGAUAAGAUAUGGUGUUACAUCGGUAAGAUAAGAUAUGGUGUUACAUCGGUAAGAUAAGAUAUGGUGUUACAGUGAUAGUUACAAAGUUUUAUGUCCCAAACAUAACAGGGGACUGCUAUCAGCCUUGUUCCUCAUUAACACGCUGAGAGUUUGAUAAAUCUUUUAUUUCCACAACUUAAGUCAUUUAUUCAAAAGUGUCUGAUAAAACAAAAUUACCAAUGAUUCCUUUAGUGCUGUUUUUGAUUCUCAAAUAGAUGAUUUGAAAUGUUGGUAAUGUAUCCAAUAGUUUCGAAGAAGCUCUGUAAUUUAGUUU